AUGUUGGCCCCAACCCCAAUCCAGGCCAAGGCCUCGAGCUCCUCUACCGAAUUGUACCUCAGCCAGGCCCGCGCCAGUGGCAGCACCGAAGAUUGCAUGGCUUUAUACGAGAAAUGGGCAGCCUCAUACGACGAAGAGGUCGGAGACAGUGCUCAAAACUACGUUGCUCCUGUGCUUGUCGCUCAAGCCGCCAUCAAAUACGGACUCUCCAACGGCGCCACAAACAGCGUGAUACUGGAUGCCGGUUGUGGGACAGGAUUGGUGGGAGUGGCUCUUUCAAUGGCCAAGGCCAAAGCGAUCGAUGGCAUUGAUCUAUCUCCCGCCAUGCUUUCCGUUGCGAAGAAGACUGGCAUCUAUCGAGAUCUCACAGUGGCAGACAUGAACCGACCGAUCAAUAAGACCGACGGAACCUACGAUCUCGUGUCCUGCGUGGGAACUUUCACUCUUGGCCAUGUUAAGCCAGACCCGGCUUUGCGCGAACUUGUGCGGGUCGCUAAGAAUAAGGGUGUUGUUGUCUCAACGAUUCUGCAAGAGAUCUGGGUGUCUGGAGGGUUCCAGGCCGAGGUUGAGAAGUUGGUGGCGGAGGGCUUGGUGAAAGUUGUCACCGAGGAACUUAUAGACUAUGUAAAGGGACACGGCGACAAGGCUGUGUUGCUCAUUUUAGAGAAGAACGAUCGCGAUUGA